GAGCUCCUUAUUCGCUUUAGUUACAAUUUGGCUGUUCACCCCAAAAAUCGACCAUCAUUCCCGCUACCCCUCUACGUGCAUCUACUGGUAGAGUACGGACUAGCAGACAAGAAAAUGUUAAAACUGAACGAACUGGUACAAUUGAUCCAACCGGCUGACAUCCAGCAACUUACGCAUAAAACCAUCAUGGCAAACCUGAAUACGUUGUUCAUUUUCCAAUUGAAACACCACUGUAAACGAAAUGAAGUGGAAAAAGGUUCCAGUGAAGCGUUUCAACAACCGCUUUGCCUUAAAGGCCAAAUGCUGCCUACAUGUGAUGGUAACUACAUCAUCUUCCUCUGUUCACCGUAUGUUACUACAGUGAGAGAUUUUGUUGAUUUGAAACUUUACCUCUCCGAUAUGCCAAUGUACGAUGCAACACGCGAUCUCGUCAUGCUCAAUCAGAGUCGAAUAUGUCAAAUGGAACUCAACAAGAAAUUGGAAGAGACUGUCCGUCAAUUGAAGGCAUUGGCUGAAGAUCUGGAACGAAAGAAACAGCGAACAGAGCAUCUACUUUACGAAUUCGUUCCAGCAGCGAUCGCAGAAUCGUUUCGCCUUGGCAAACCCGUACCACCUCAGGAGUACAGUGAAUGUACGGUAAUGUUCACGGAUGUUCCCGAUUUUCCUACAAUUAAUGGAAGCUAUAUCAUCGCAGCACUUUUCAAACAAUUCGACCAUCUUAUCGAAAAAUUCGAGUGCACAAAAGUUCUAUCAUUGUUGGAUAGCUACUUGGUUGUGAGCGGAGCUCCCAAUGUCAAUAAAUCUCACGUCGAAAAUAUGCUCAAUCUCGCUCUGGGUACCAUUUUUGCUGGGCGAAAUGUUAUUGUUCCCGAGUUGAAUCUUCCUGUCAGGGUGAGAGUGGGCAUCAGUUGUGGUUCAAUCGUUGCUGGUGUGGUGAGCCAUGAGAAGCCAAGGUACUGCAUAUUUGGUCACACUGUGAACGUCGCCAGACAAGUGUGCGCUUACAGUCUGCCAGGGAAGAUUCUGGUCACGAAUUCCGUCCGAACAACGGUUAGUCGGCAACAAGGUUCACCGUUCGUUUUCCGACAACAUCAACCGAUCGAAUGUGGACCACUGAAAAUGCUUACCCAUUUUUUGGAAAAGAACGAAAAACUCAGUGUUUGGGAAAUUGCUGGCGUCGAAAAAGCAACUCAAUCCAUAGAUGGCUAUAAAGAGCUGCAUUGCACUGAAAGUGAUGAUCCAUGGGAAAAGAUGAGGACAAAUGUAAUUGACGCCUUCCGUCCAGGACCAUCACGAUCUCGACGAGCAUUGUUGAGGUUGCAAGCUGUGAAGAGGAAGUUUCGAGCGGCUCAAAGUAACGAUUCAGGAGUUUCUAUGAGCGAACCAAAUCUUGAAUCUACCGUUUGCAGUGUUAUGUAG